AUGAAACCUGUCGCCUCCCAAGACCAGCCUGCGACAGCAGCAGGAUACACGCGCCUGCACAUCACCCCGCUCGACUCGGAGCUCCUGCCCGUCGUCGUCCCUGCUGCUGCGCUCCCCCAAGCUCAGAACAUCUCCUUCCACACCCUCGAGACCUUCCCCGAGAAGCGAUUCGGCUUCGUCGACCUCCCCGCGGCCGAUGCCGACAAGCUGAAGAAGAAGCUCAGCGGAGCGGUGCUCAGAGGCGUCAAGAUACGAGUGGAGAUGGCGAGGAAGGACGACAUCCUCCAGCCCGCGGGCGCGGAGGCUCUGGCCAGCACGGACGCCAAGAAGGAGAAGAGGUCGAAGAAGAAGGACGGCGAGCACAAGAAGAAGAAGCGCAAGAGAGACGGCGAGGAGCUGGUCGGCGUCGAACUGGAGGAGGGCCGCAAGGUCAAGCGUGGCUGGACUGUCUCCGAGAGCGAGAAGAUACAGAAGGAGAGGAGCAAGAAGGACAAGGACAGGAGCAAGAAGGAAAAGGACAAGAGCAAAGACAAAGACAAGAAGCAGAAGAAGAGAGAGACAAGAUCCAAGUUCACCGACCACCCAGAGUGCCUCGUCAAGACCGUCCUGCCACCGAACAGGGUACCAGCGGAGGGCGAGGGUGCGUCCGAGCCUACCAAGCGCAAGGGAAAGAAAGAGAGAUCGCGCGAGGUUACCGUACACGAGUUCGAGCACACUACCAAGUUUCCGACAUUCCUCAAGAGCCAGAAAGACAACGGCAAAGGCGGCCCGAAUCUCGAGUACAUCGAGGGCCAAGGCUGGGUCAAUGCGGACGGUGACGUAGUCGAGUCUGUCAAGUCAACCCGCCCAAAGCCGGCUGCCAAACAAGCAGCACCAAAGAAAUCAGUUGUUGCCACAGCCACCGCUGACGAUGAUGACUCGACGAGCAGUAGCGGCACGUCCUCAGACGACACGAGCAGUGAGGAGGAGGAGGAUGAAGAAGACGACGAUGAGGAGGAUGAAGAUACCAGGGUCGACGCGGAGGAAGAGGACAAGGCUCACUCUCUACAAGAUAUACCCGAGGACAAGACGCUACCGCUCGAGUCCCCGCGGCCAAAGUCUUCUGGCUCGGCCCGGAGUUUGACAAUCAAGAUCCCGCCCGCCACGCCGCUCGUCCCCAAGACCGUCCACCCCCUCGAGGCUCUCUACAAGCGGCAAGCCGCCGCGCCGGGACAGGAGAAACCUCCCGCAGGAGAGGGCUUCAGCUUCUUCGGCGCGGGAGACACGGACGACAUCGAGGAGGACGACGAGCUCCCGCCGAGCCAGCCGCCCAUGACGCCCUUCACCAAGAUGGACUUUGACACGCGCCUCGUCCGCAGCGCGGCGCCGACGCCGGAUACUGCGUUUGCUAACCGCAAGUUCAACUUCUGGCCGCAGGGCGAGGAGGAUCAGGACGAGGACGAGGAACUAGAGGAGGACACGCUGAUGGCCGAUGCCGGCCAACGCGGUGAUGAGGAGGAGCAGGAUGAGGAUGGCGACAAGCCUACGGCCACAGGCGACUUCCAGAAGUGGUUCUGGGAACACCGUGGCGACCUCAAUCGCUCGUGGAAGAAGCGCAGAAAGGCGGCCUCCAAGGAGAAGCGGUACCGGGAGAACAGGGCCAGGGCAGGACGGGCGAUUUAG